CUGCCGCUUGAUUGGCUCUGGAGCUGCUGGCCCGGGGCCAAAAAGUCAUCCCCAUAUAACAGCGCAGAGCCGGGAGACAAAUUCAAAAGGAAAGCGGAGACAGGAACUCAUGGUUGUGGAGUAACUCUGAGCACGAAUACUAAAAGAGUCUGAAAAAUGUGUAAAGGAUUAGCUGCCCUUCCUCAGACAUGUCUGGAAAGGGCUAAAGAGAUCAAGACUAAGUUGGGAACUCUGCUGCAGAAGCCAGAGAAUGCCAUUGACCUCAUCAUCCCCUACCCCGAGAAGCCUGAGAAGAAACCAGAAAAACUCCAGAAGCCGACCCCCGAAGAGGCUUCUCAGUGGCGUGAGUCUCUGGACCGAGUGCUCAACAACAGCUAUGGUCUGGCUACAUUCCGUGGCUUCCUGAGGUCCGAGUUCAGUGAGGAGAACAUCGAGUUCUGGGCAGCUUGUGAGGAUUACAAGAAGACCAAGUCCCCCCUGAAAAUGGCCACCAAGGCCAAGAAGAUUUAUGAGGACUUCAUCCAAACUGGUGGACCUAAAGAGGUGAACAUUGACCACUUUACCAAAGACGUGACCCUGAGGAACCUGGUGGAUCUCAGCCCAACCACCUUCGAUUUGGCCCAAAGCCGCAUCUACACCCUGAUGGAGAAAGACUCCUUUGGUCGCUUUCUCAGAUCUGAGCAAUACCAAGAACUGAUCAAGUAAACGGGGUCAUUCAGCUGCAGGGAGACAAAACAGACCAACCAGCAUCAAUCGAUGUUUAAUCUAUGUAGCUCCCAGCACCUCAUUUACGGGCCUCAGGCAACUAAAGUCCUUUAUAUGAAGCGAUUGUGUAAAAACAUGACAAUCUGUUAGAAAGAUUUGAAAGAUAUUGUAAUUGGAAAAAAAUACAAAAAAUCGAGUCUCCCUGCAGCUCUCUAUUCCCUUGCUAAUAACUGUCUUUUUCAUAAUCAUAACUACUUUAUGAUGACUGAAAAAAGGCAAUUCUACUAUUAGUCAUUAAUCAAAAACAUGUGAUGAUGAUGAACCAUGCAAAUAAGCUAAUAGAGGAUGCUAUUAAUUGGGUACAGUUUGGAAUGCACAGUCUGUUAAUUAGAAUGAUAUUCUUCUCUAUUUUUCCCUUCAAGACUAAAUAAAAGAGGAGAAAAACAUAGCCAGACUGAUCCCCUCUUGUAAUCUGUGCUUUUUCUUGGAAAUACGACAAGUGGCUCAUGUUUUUCAAGAGGGUAAUCUGACCUCUAAGGUGCAAUUAGUAGAAGUUUCUGAGCAGCGAGUUCAUGGACUGCUUGGAGAGUAGAAACAGGACAGUGUGGGGAGGGGGAAGCUAACGGCGAGGGCUUUUUUUUUCCUGGAAACGUCCACACAAAUAUUAACAGUCAUAUGGUAUAGCACAGUGAAGGGGUGGGGGGUGGGAGGUAGGGGUUUGGGAAGGGGGGGCUGGUUUGUGUCGCCAUUAAUCUUGAAAGGCCCACCAUCAGUCACAGUAAGAGAAAGAAAGAAAGAGACGUGUUUAAAUGCACUGGGUCCCUGGGAAAUGCCAGAGAGGAGGCUUGUUGCAAUAUAACAGCUACAUUGUAAGUUGCUAAGAUGGGAAUAUCAAGUAGGAGUGGAUCUUCAUAAAGCUUUGGAAAACAGUGUCUUCUUCAGCCAGAGGGACAGCUUUCCCAAGGGAUGUCAAACGCAAAUUUUCUCCAACCGUUUGUUUGGAUUUCAGUGGAAAAGAAAAGAAAAAAAAAACCAUCCCUAAGGCCCCCCUGAUGAGUACAUCCAAUAAUUAUCACCACUUAAAAGAAUUAGCCCAGAGUUUAUAUACAAAUUAUACAAAUCUGAAACAUUUACUCUGCAAUUAUAAAGGCGUAAUUAUAAUAAUAACAGACUAAAAGCAUUUACCAGCAUGAGUAAGUAUGCUAAGAUAUACAGUGUAAUUUCCAUUAAAUUAUUGCAUGCCCUUAUGCUGCUCUUAAGCAGCUCAUUUACUUUAAAACAGAACACAGACAUGUUGACAUCAUCAUAUUAUAUUGUGUGUAUUAGUAAUAAGCCCUAAAAUUAUUUCCUUAUUUUUUUUUCCUAUAUUAAUGGAUGUGUUUGACCCCAACACAAUAACGAUAAUGAUCACCAUUCAAAAAGAAUUAGCAUGAGUUUAUGCACAAAUUAUACAAAACAUAUUUGAAACAUUUACUGUGCAAUUAUAUUACAAUAUUAUAUGACACUAAAAACGUAAAGCAUUGUACCAGCAUGAGUGUGUGUUACCAUCUACAAUUUCCAUUCAAAUAUUGCAUGCUCUUAUGCUGCUCCUAAGCAGUUCCUUUACUUUAAAACAGUCCUGAGACUUUUCAUGUUGUCUUAAACAUGAUUUAAUUACGUUGUGUUGUGUAUUAGUAAUAUGCCCUAAAGUGAUUUCCCUAAAAUGAUAUAUUAAAGUGUGUGUUUGUGAUCCCACCACAUACAUAUAUACUACUAUUGUAUGUUUCUCUUUUUUCACCUGUCAUUGUUCACUAUAUAUUAUAGUAUAUCUACCGGUAUAUCUGUUUCCCUUUCUUUAUAUAUAUAUAUAUAUAUAUAUCCUACAUAUAUACAUGAUUAUAAACAAUAAACAAUGACAGGUGCUUUAUAAGUCCUUACAGUUACCCAACAGAACCAAAAGUAUUAGAACACUGCAGGUCAGAAGUAGAACAAUCUAUGGUUAUUCAAAUUAGUUAUUACCUUAAGAUUAAAUCCAAAUUUGAACAAACAAGUCCAGUUUAAAGAUCUGACAAGCAUCUGCAAAGGAGACUAAAGAGAAAAAGUUAAAUUGUAUCCAAUUAAAAAGUUAAAUCAAUUUUAAAGUUAAAUAGAAAGGUUCACACCUAAUGCCUAUAUUUAACUAUAAUUAAGGGCUUAUUCAGUACCUGUCAUUUAUAGCAAAGCUGCUUAAACGUAUACAGUAUAUAUAUAUAUGUGCAUGUACUGUUGUAGCUGAUCACAUAAAUACCAUUAAAGAUCUGAAGAUGUA